AGCAAAUCGACUCUCAGACUGUAUAUUUUGUUCGCACUACUUGACAAUUACAUGCCUGUGGCAGGUGCGACAGCAGUUUACCUGUGACUGUUAUUUGUUGCACGAACGUGGAUAACCACAAUGAUCACGAUCAGACGAGCCACUGCUGACGACCACAAGGCAGUCUACGGCAUCAAUGAACACAUCUACAACGAUACUGACCCUCUGUCCGGUGAAAAGCUCUACCGACAUCACCUGACACGUCCCUACAACUACGCAUACAUAGCAGAGUUAGACGGGAGAGCUGUUGCAUUUGACCUGUUCACGAUUCAUGAAGCCAGUAAAACUCUGAUCAACCGCUUUGCUAGAGUCUCUCCUGAUAACCAGAUUAAAAACCUCCAUCGUCACUUGGUAGAACAUGGCUUUAACGACGUCCUCUCUAAACACAGCGACGUCAAAGAAAUAAUAUACUUGAAGGCGAACGAAGGACCAAUUGCAAAACUGUGGCCAAAUCACGCACUCAUUGACAUAUUUGUAAGACUUAAAAUUGAAUGUUAUAUAGUAUAUACACUGCAGCUCAAAUCAUUCAUGAUUUUUCUCUUAUAUGAAAGUUUUAUUAAUAGUUGUUAAUCUUUGUGAAAAAUCUUACAUUGCCUGUAAUAAACUUGUUAAAACUGUGGCAGUAUAUGCAGUGUCAACGAUAGGCGUUGUCACAGAGUAAGCCCAUAUAUUAUUAGACCUAUAAAUGAUGUCAUGAUGAUGACCUAUACCAUGUCUGAUGAUGUUCAUACUGAAAUCGCUUGAUAUUCCAAGAUAUACAGAGUGCAUGAUCAUGUGAACAAACUGCAAUAACUUGUUCUUUCAGUGGGAGUUAUUCCUCUCUUCAUUACAAACACCAAUAUUUAGAAUCAAAGGUAAUCAUUUUAUUUAGUCAUCUUUCCAGCGCCUUUUCAAUCAUUUUUUAGCGGCCAUUCCUGUUCGAUUUUAUACCUGCACGAGACUUGCUCACAGAUGCCAACGGAUAACUAGCUUGCUACCAUGGAAACUGACUGAAA